AUGACAGGGUUGUUUCCCGGCUUCUUGUUUCCCUCGUCCGGCUUGAACAGAAUGUCCACGUCAGGAGGUCCAGGGGAAACUGCCACACAGACUAACAGAACGUUGGAGAGAUCUACAGUCAAUGGUCGUCCCAGACCCAAGAGCAGCCCAAUGUCUGGCGUGUAUGACGUCAGAAACUCCAGCACUGGUCUCAUCGUCCUCAAUAACAAACUAGCCAGAAAACCCACAGGCUCAAGAUUGUGUGGACAGGCGGACAUCACUUGGCGAAUCGUGAAACCAGACCCGGAAAGACAUUUUCGUAAAAAUGUUUCACGUGAUUACCCCGUACAUGACGGCAAAAAUCCCAGUAAUGAUGACAUCACAGGGAGACGACAUUCUUAUAUCACCAACAACUUCAGGCAAAACCAACCUGGCACAUCAAACUGGGUAGAUUCUGAAGUUUCCCAAGAACUAAGGGACCAUGUAAACAGUAUCUUGGACACCAUCACCGAAGAUGAUAUCAUGCGGAUGUAUCGGCGGCAGUGGAAAGGAUUUUACCGAAAUGUGUUAAGUCAAGACGCAUUCCGGGUCUACCGGACCAGAAUGUCCUCCAGACAACACAGAGCUGUGACGUCGAUUCUGGCAGACACCCGUCUAUCGCCAGGGGACAGGGUUUACCUUGGCAACAUUGCCGAGGCCUACAGUGUUGAAGACAUCAGGCGAGGCAGACAGACGCAGUACAACCAACGUUUCUGGCAUGCGGUCACUCAGGGUAGCUACAGUUUGCCAGAUUUAGUGAAGUACGGUCAAUAUCUAUUGAAGCCAAACACCAAACAGCAGCCGUCUUAUACAGGUGCCAAACACAAGCGUGGCAAGUCUGCUCCUGCAGCAAGGCAAGCUGGAAACUCACCCACCGACGGAAAUGGCCUGAGAUCAAACAUAGAUAAUGGCUUAUUGGAAAGGGCACACAAAGGAAGAAAAAGUCAGACAGACGUCUCUUCUUCGCAUUCAAAGACAACAAAAGAUCACGAUAAGAUGAUUACACAGAAAGGAAAGGAAAAAGCGAGGGACUUGUCUAGCAGACCAAGCAGUGAAAAAUCGCUGUUGUCGUUAAUGCUUGAGGUUGCAGAAGAGGACAACAGUUGUGGUAUCAAGUAA